AUGAAAAAGAAAACUUAUUCGAUAACUAAACCAUUCUUUCACUUAUAAAAAAUUCAUAAAUUUAGAAAGCACAAACAUAAAAAAAAUUAUAAGAAAGUGUUUAAAAAUGUAACGAAUAAAUAAGAAAAGCUAUCAGUUAAAAUUAAGCUCUCAAUUUUAGUAGCUAAAGUAAUAAUUUAUAAACAGAAAGCUCAUUGGCUGGAACUAUCUCUGAAAAUAUCUUUAGUAAAGAUCUAACAUUAUCCUAGAAGGUAAAAAUAUUGUUAAAUAAAAAGACUGAGUAAUAAGUCAUAGAGUUAUACGAAAAUUAAAAACAGCAAGAGAAAUCUUUAGUAAAUGAAAAUAACAAAUUUUCGUUAUCUGAGACUUAAAGAUACUAUUAUUAACCUAAAUUGA